UCUCAAAUGAGGUGGGAAAGGUCAAGAAAGAAAACAAUUAAGUUUAUUACAAAAUAUUCUAAGUGGUAGGCUUACAGCAACUGAAGUAAUUUCUAGCUCAGAAAUUUUUUGUAGAUGAAGACACAUAUUUGGCAUAUCUAGCAUAUGUAAUUACCCAAAGUAAUUGACUAAGGUAAUUUGUUGCCCAACAGUGAUAUGCUUCUAACCCUACAGAGACAGUAAACUGAAAACCUCUUCAUUUACAUCAGGCAACAGUCCCAGCAUCCAGAAGAAUGAUACCUCUGUAACAGAUGCACCGGGAGCUUUUUUACGCUGUGCAGCCCAAAAGCCAGGGAUGACUAGAUGCUGGUGCUGCAAGAGGCACCAUCUGACUCAUGCUGAUGCCUUUGAUGUUGUCUCGCUCGACACUGCAGUGCAAGGAAUUUCAACCACCACGGUAUUUUUACCAUUCCAUCUCACAAAACUAAUUGCACGAGGGAAGAGGAAGCAAACUAAAAAAAAAAAAAAAAAAAUUGUAAGGGCUCUUAAGAUCAAACAUCGCCAUCCUUAUUUAAUUACUGCUGCGCGGAACGACGAUUUCUUCAGCAAAUGAAGGACUGGUAGUUAAGGGUUCCCUGAGGCCGUGCGCUCUCUGCCCACCCUGCCGCGCCCGCGGAGUCGAUGGCGGCCGCCGAGCCGCCGGAGCUGCAGCAGGUGGUGAGACGGGGCCGGGCGGAGUGCCCUGGCUGCGGGGCUCCUGUACGGCCAUGGCUCCUGCCUUCUGCUUCCCCCGUCUUUAUAUUCCCCUCUUCCCUGCAGGCGGAAAAUCUGCUCUGCCGGCUGCAGGAGAAUUUUGAGGCUGUGACGGAGAAGUUGACGCUGAGAAUGGAAGAAAUGGGUGAGCACAUCAGUGAUCUUGAGAAGCGUGUUGCUGACCUGAUGACAGAGGCUGGGGUAGAAAACAGCAAUGAAGACUUGGGAGUAAAGACAUUUACUUAAGUUUUUCUGUGUUUUAUAUAUUUCCAUUUAGGUUUAAGUGAUGGGCGAAUAAUGGUGUUUACAUAUUUAGUAGACCUGCAUUUUCUUGGAUUUGAAAGUGUACUUGUCAAAAACAUAUUUAAUAUACCUUGGAUUUUUUUUUGCCAAGAAACAAAGAAUGCGAUCACUUUCACAAAAGAAAAACUGCAUCUUGCUGCGUCUGUUCCAGCUGAGUGCAAUAUAUAAGGGGGCAGUGCUAAAUUACCAAGUGUGUAAAUCGAGGCUGUCCAUUCAUAGUGAAAUGUGUGUGGCCUGAAGUGUUCCUGCUCAUCAUUCCGGCCCCUCAGGUAUGCUAACCUGGCUGAGGAUUCUUGCUGGUAUAAAUUUAUGUACCUCUGCUUUUAAACCUGCUACAGCUUCCCAGUGUGGCUUGGAGCACACCUGUCACAUACACUCACCCCAAACACAAGAGUAAAUUGUUAUCAGUCACUUCAUAAUAUAAAAUCAUGCUACAUUUCAGGAUUGUUUUGGAUUUUAUAUUUGUCUGUUGAAAAUGCCAGUCCCCUCCCUGAUAGAUGCCUGACUCUGUGUUCUUAUUAUUUAUGAGGCAGCACUGCUUCCCUGUUCUGUGGAUGCAAGUGAUGUUGUCUUCCUGUUGUUGCACACUUUCCUGAUUCAAAUUGAGACACAUCAAUUAUUCUUGUCAUUGGAACUUCUUACCCAGUGAAAGACAGGAAUGUCUGCAAACAUUCGGAAGUAAUUUAGGUAUCUGUUAAUUCUGAUGACUUUUGCACAAGGUACACAAUAAUUUUCAGAAAUUCAGAAAGACAAUUCACAAAGAUGUAUUUAACUGUACAGAGAUCUUCCUAUCUCCAUGCUGAAUCACAUUCAUUAAUAAAUCACUAACCUACUUA